GUGCGAUGUUGUUAAACUCGGUCGUUUCAAAACCCAUCCAUCCAUCUCUUCCGAUACAUUCGGCCAUUGAACAAAAAGAGUGUUCUCAAUAGUCUCUCUGUAUCUUCUUCUUCCAAUUUCUCCGCCUGUGAACCCUAGCGCGCCACUGUUAGUUUGCUCUCUGUCUCUCCUUCCCGUGUUUUCAUCGCUGCACAAACAGUGUCUACUCGAAGCCACCACCAAGUAGAGGUUUUUAUGACGUUUCUCUUGCUGUUUGACAGAACAAGACUAGAGAAGCUUCUUUUUUUUUUUAUGGCGGAUAACGAGAUGCAGUCACUAGAUGAUGUCCUUAAGGAAGAACCUGAAAAGAAUCAAAACCCUAGUGAAACCCCCCAGCUCCUCCUUCCCGUGGAUGAAGAUGGUCAAGCCAAUGGUCAUGAGAAGAAGAAGAAUGAUGAUGACGAUGUUGGAGUUGUUCUCCGCUCUGAGAAGAAGACAGAUCCUAAGGUGCAGGCUUCGAGUCCCCAGACUGGAGAUGAAAAUGGCAAAAAGCGCCAGACUUGGUUGCUUAGUGAUUCUGAGGCUGAUGAAGCAGGGACGCUUGAAGAACAGCAGGCGUUUCUAAGUGAAUUGGCGGCCUUUCACAGAGAGAACUACCUGGAUUACAAACCUCUUAAAUUUUAUGGGCAGCCUUUAAACGCUCUCAAGCUAUGGCGAGCAGUCGUUAAACUAGGUGGCCAUGACGUGGUCACCACAUCUAAGCUAUGGCGGCAAGUUGGAGAAUCCUUCAAUCCUCCAAAGACGUGCACAACAAUCUCCUACACAUUCCGCAAUUUCUAUGAGAAGGCACUUUUGGAGUACGAAAAGAGUUUUACGAAAAACGGUGAGCUUGACCUUCCUGAUGCAACACACAAUCUAUCUUCAGGCUUCGACAAAGAGGUUAUUAGUCAUCAAGGUUCAGGAUCAGGCAGGGCUCGGAGAGAUUCUGCAGCUCGUGCUAUGCAAGGCUGGCAUACACAGCGCCUUGUCGGAUGUGGAGAGGAUAAGGGCUUAAGCUCAACCCCAAAGCAUAAGAAACUCAAAAGCGUUGGCUUCCAGAAACACAGAACACAAACUUGCAUGGACCUUGUUCUUUCCCAAGAAGCAGAAAAACAGUCGAGUGCUGAUGUUGUUGAUGAUGGACCCCUUGCUGACUGGGUGAAGAUAAGUGUCAAAGAAACUAAGGAUUCCUUUGAGAUAUAUGCUUUGGUACCUGGACUUCUUCGCAAAGAGAUUCAUAUUCAAUCAGAUCCGGCUGGACGACUGAUUAUAACAGGCGAGCCUGAGCAGCUUGACAAUCCUUGGGGCAUCACACCGUUCAAAAAGAUUGUUGGCUUAUCAGCAAGAAUCGACCCGCUUCGCACAUCUGCUGUCAUGAGCAUGCACGGUCGGUUGUUCGUACGAGUUCCGUUUGAGCAGUGACUGAUCUCUAGAGUGAACUCGUUGUUUGCUGUUAGUUUCUCCUAGGAAUUCAAUUGUAGAUCAGGACAAAACUGCUAGGCUGUUGAAGCGGUUUUAACUGUGGUUCUAGUCUGAAGACCGAAGUGAAAAGCAGACACUCAGAGAUCGUAUGUUGCUGUAAGGUUUUCUUACGUAGAUGUUGAGACUAGUUGGAGAAGCUUGCUCCUAUCUUAUAGUUUACAGCAUUUUUAGGAUGCAACUAACAAUGAUAUAUGUAUUAUGUAUCUGUCAAACAAUUGAGUGUUAAGCUUUUCUUAUUGAUUCUUUUUAUAGAUAUGAAUAGAUUUACCUA